AUGGCGAGCUUUGAUCUCUUCCGGCUGCGGCCAUUGGCGGAGCUCUUGCCGGAGGUGGAGAGCCCCACGGAAGCCGUUCCUUUCCGGCGGAAGGCGGCGUACACGGCCGGGUCGCUACUCGUCGUCCUGGCGGGCACCCAGCUCCCGCUGUACGGGAUCGACACCAGCACGGCCCCGCACGACCCGCUCUACUGGUUCCACACGGCCUACGCGGCCAACUGCGGAACCAUCAUGGCCUUCGGCGUCUCCUGGAACGGGCUGCAGAAGGUGCUGGGGAGUAUUGCCCAGGCGCAGGAGGCAAGAAGGGCAUGUUCCCCAUCUGCAAGCAGGCCCGACCCGCCUCUUCAAGUCCACCGGCAAGUGCCCCACGCUGGCGUCCCACUCCCCUCCUCGUCGCAGGACCUCGAGCCAGAUGCCCUCACUGUCGAGGUCGUCCGAGUGGAGCAGAAGGCUUCAUCCCUUGGUCGGGUGCUCGACGAGCAGCGCAAUCAGAUGCAGAGGCUCCACGCCGAGAAUCCCGAAGAGCAGAUUGCCAUUGUAGACGCUCAGUACAUGGUCCAUCAUGCAGUUCCCAUGCUCCAGGGCAAGGUUUUCGUUGGAGGCGUCAUCGUCAUCUAUCUUGAUGAGGCCCUUAGAAAGGGCUACGGCCUCCUUUCUGGCAUUCCAUUGUGCACCGCCGCCAACGUCUGGUUACAAGGCUUGCAUGUCGCGUUGCCACUGACAAGGCCACGUCGAUCGCCAGACGAUGAGGCUGCCGCUAGGUUUCAGGCCAACUACAGCAUCGACAUAUCCUACCUCUCAUAUGCUCCCAUCCUCUUUCAAGCCAUGCUCCUUUCAUGCACGUACGUAUUCUCAGAGCAACUAUAUAUGAAAUUUGGCGGAGACAAGCUGGUCAAUCUGCUCGGCAAGUGGGAACGAUCUAAAAGUUUUGGAGGGUUUGUCCCAGUAAGCGGGAUCGCCUACUACAUAACCACACCGCCAACCUUGGCUGAUGUAGCGAGAGACCCGGUACACACAUGCCUCUAUGCCGCCUUGCUGCUCGGCAGGUGCGCUUACGUGUCGACGGCCUGGUUCGUGCUGCGCCGGUACUCAAAGAGAUAUGUGGCCCGGCUGGUUGGGGCCGGAGUGAGCGUGACGCCUACACAGGCGUACUCGAUUCCCGUCAGCCGGUGGAACGGCCGUGUCGCCAUGGUGGCCUUCGCCGUUGGACUCUGUGUUGGCGCUCUGACCCUCCUGGCGGGCUUCAUGCGCGUCACCGGUUCCGGCACCGGAAUCAUGCUCGCCGUCACCGGCAUAUACUCUUUCUGCCUCGACGCCAGAGCUUCUUCUGGGAUCGGCGCGAUUGGACUCUGA